GUUCAGGGGAGGCCAAGUGCUUCAGGGGUAGGGAGAUCAGGGAAGGCUGCCUGGAAGAGGAGAAGGAGCAGGAGGAAGAGACCUGUACCCCUUGCCCUAGAAGGUAGAGAGAGGCAGUGGUGACGCUGACUCAAGGAUGCUUGUCCCCUGUGGCCUGCCCUUUGGUUUAUGAUGGCCACCUCAGCAGUACCAACCUUUGCCCCCAAGUAAGUUCCCAUCACAUGAGUGGAGACUCCAGGCCAUCUCAGAAGCCACUGGCUUGUCGAGGACCUGUAGCAGUCCUGUGUUCGCAGCCUCGAGAACCAUGAGGACAGGCCCACGCAGCCAGUCCCUACGAGGACCACGGCCCACCUACGGCAAACUCCAGGAGCCCUGGGGGAAGCCUCUAGAGAGCCGACUGCGCCGGGCGCUGAGCCUCAGACAGGGGCAUGAGGAGUCCAGGCCCUCAAUCGGAGGCCCAGAAAGGCUGGACAUGCCUGGUCAGGAGUGGCUGCCAGGGGGCCCGGAGGACACGGAGCAACUGAUCCAAGCCCAGCGAGGAGACAGCUGGCGGUGGCUGAAGCAGUAUCAACAGCAGGUGAGGAGAAGGUGGAAGAGCUUUGUCUCCAGCUUCCCUGGUGUGACCCUGAGCCGGCCGGCCUCCCCACAGCCCCCUCUGGGCACCACCAGCUAAGGAUGUUGGAAGUGGUGUUGGCCCCUGCUGCACCCAGAUGGACUGGCCAUGCCUGCUGACCUACCUCUUCGCGGCCCCCUGGACACCCCUGCAUGGACUGCUCCUGCAUUCCUUACAUGGUGCCCCGAGGCCUCUGCCACCAGCUCACCCGAGGGUCCUGUGAUUGCCCCUCGGCCCUGGUCCUCCACUCCAAGGCUGGCUUGCCACAAAGACCCCAAAAGGGCUGAGAAGAAGGGGGCUCAGUUCUGUUUCCUGGUGGAUUCUGCCCUCUGGGCAUGGGGGCACCCCUGGACAGUGACAUGUGUGAGGGCCUUAGAAACCUGCCUAGAAGUAAGGGUAUUGAGAGCAUGGGCCCCACACAAGACCAGUCAUGAACUUCCAGGACAGAGCUCAGUGAAGCCAGACCGAUGGCUGAGGGGCUCUCGCACAUUGCCUGCCCACCACCCCCCUGCCAUGCCCCACCUGCCAGCAGCUAGUGGUGGGCAAGGCUUGGGUCUCCCUCCCUG